GUCUUUAUAGAUUAAAAAACCUUACAUUAAUUUUGUGAUACAGAAGUUGUAUGUUCUUCGAUAAUAACAAAGGCAACCGUUGAUGAUGUCAGUAUCGAUGGUGUAUGACGUCUUAACAUUUUAGUUUAAUAUAAUUUACUUAGUUUGUUAUUUUAAACUGUUGUGUUAUCUUUACUUAAAAUGUGUUAUCUUGUGCCCCCAUUACAAGUUUGCUAGCCAACCCCUUAGUUGACCCCCUUCAAUAUUUUACCGUCUAAUUAAUUAUUUGAAGACUAAUUAAUUAUUUGAUUAACGCUAGUUACAUGACGCCUGAUAGUGUUGUGUACACUUCAAUUCAUUUUCCUAAGCAAAUAAUUAAAUUCAGCAUACAUUUCCUGUGUAGACGUUAGCUGUCAUAUUAGUUGUAUCCUGGUAUGAUGACGCAUGCUGUCAUAAUCAGUCAUAAAGAUCACAGAGCUGAUGUCACGCAGACUGUACGCGCCUAACAUCGGCCUCAUUUUCGAUUUUUUUCUUUUAAUGUGAUCUGAAUCUUGAACAUAACCUAAUGAUAGGCUGAUGAACACUGCGCCAUCCUCUGCUUGGUGUAGUUAGUCUUUUUGUGUUUCUGUCUGUGUUCUAAAUAGUCCCUCUGAGGUGAGAGUCUCUUCACAUAGAGCUCGUGAUGAAAGCUCUCGGUGCGCGCUCCGCGUUUUACGUGGGCUUUGUGGUAGGCACGUGCACCCUGUACGUGCUCCUGCGUCAGGUUGGAUUCACACGGGACUUGGGGUCUGGUGAGUCCGAGGCCCACGAGAAAAGUCUGCUGGAGAUGGUUGAAGAAGAAAACAAGAACUGGAAGAAGGAGAGGUCGGCUCUCUUCAACCUCAAUCAUCCUCACCAUACAGGUGAGGAUGGCACACUGGCUGACACUCUCUAUAAGCAUGUACGCAUUUUGUGUUGGGUCAUGACCGGCCCUAAUAACCUUGAGAAGAAAGCUCGGCAUGUGAAAGCCACAUGGAGUCGCCACUGCAACAUUGUGGUCUUCAUAAGCUCUGUGGACGACCCUGAUUUUCCCACGGUCGGCUUAAACACCAAGGAAGGUCGGGAUCAGCUGUACUGGAAAACCAUUCGUGCUUUCCACUAUGUCAUGGACAAGCACGGGGACGAGGCAGACUGGUUUCUUAAAGCGGAUGACGACACUUACGUGAUCGUCGACAACCUGCGCUGGAUUCUGGCCAGCCACUCUCCAGAGGACCCGGUGUAUUUUGGCAGACGGUUUAAGCCAUACGUAAAACAGGGCUACAUGAGUGGUGGCGCAGGUUACGUGCUAAGCAAAGAGGCCCUGAGGAGGUUUGUGGAAGGCUUUCGCACCAAAGUGUGCACUCACACUAGCUCAGUGGAGGACCUAGCUCUAGGUCAGUGUAUGGAGAAGGUUGGCGUUGUGGCAGGAGACUCCAGAGACACCUUACAAAGAGAGACAUUCCAUCCUUUCGUACCAGAGUCCCAUCUCACUGGCACAGUUUCUAAGACCUUCUGGUAUUGGAACUACUGUUAUUACCCCAUUGUGCAGGGCCCACAGUGUUGCUCAGACCUGGCCGUUUCUUUCCACUAUGUGGAUCCGUCACACAUGUACCUGCUGGAAUACUACACUUACCACUUGCGUGCCUUUGGCUACAAAUACCGCUAUCAGCCCCCUGAACCCAAUGUCAUACAAGACUUCAAUGCCCCAGCCCCAGACAAAGUGGAAACCGGAGACAUAGAGGAAAAGCUGGGGGUAGAACAACAGGAAGGAGAAAAGAAAUCCCCCGAACUUAAUGAAAAGUUAUAGCAGCUUUUUGCAUAGGAAUUUUAAAAAAUAACACUUAAAAUCUUCUUCCAAAAGAACUGUUUUUGGGGUGGCUUUACAUUUUUUGGAUAAUGUCUUCUAUAUUGUGCCACAGAAAUGUGUGCAUGACAUGUUUGUGUGAUUUAAUGAACUGCUACAGUUUGAGAGUCUGUUCCUCUCAAUAAUGCAUUUGUAUGUCAAUGUUUAAAUAUAUAUGACAGUGCGGAAUCGUAUGAAAUGAAGGUUAUGAGUGUAGGAGUCUGCCUUAACAGUAUAAUAACAUUGGAUAAUAUUUUGGGGCCACAAGCAAGGCUGCAUCUGCAUACAUUAUUCUUGGCAUUCAGUUCUAUUUUUUUUUUUCCUAUAUAUAUAUAUAAAAAUAGCAAUUGCAUGUUUGCUCUGCACUGCGUAAUCAUAAGCACACCACCAUGUAUGAUUUAACGGCAGUGCCAUAAGUAAAAGAGGCCUUGAUUUUCCUUUAAUUUGCUCAUUCCAUUGAAUUAGUGCCUCUGCUCUGAUCCAGAAAAAUCAUCCACUUCCAUAUGUCCCUGGACCACAUUUGUAUUGAGUUUAGGCAAUAAUUAAACCGAGCUGCUUAUAUCGUAGAUCCUAGUUGAGCAAACAUUCAAGCUCCAUCUGUGUUUUUAUACAGUCUACAAUACCUUUGCCAAAGUUGAACGUGUACAGUUUACUUUGACUAAGAUUACAUCCAUAGAAAAAUUAACCAGGAUGCAGUCCUUCAAAUGACACCAAAACAGCAUAUUACCCUUCUCUGAGAGUUAAAGGGAUAGUUCAACCA